UUUCACAUCCUCCAGGAAAAGGGUGCGCGGUUCCUUUAAGAGACACAAAACUGUCAUUUACUUCCUGUGUGCUAGUCCCAGCGCUAACCAAUGCAGGACCCACGUACAUCAUGAAAUAAGUGUUUAAAAGCUACACAAGGAUGUCGCAGAGUCUAUAAAGAGACAGUGGUAAAAGUGAUUUUCGAUAACGUUAUGGCGGGGAGAAAAAGAAAGCUGCUAGCAGUGGCGGUGGCGGCGGCGGCGGCGGCACCACCUGAACGAGAAGUAAAUAAACAUAAAAACGAGACGGGGGUGAAGCUCGAGGUUUCACCUGCCCAGCUGAAGAGCAGCAUUCAGUGUGAAAACAGUGCUCAUAUUGCUGAGCCGGAGCGAAGCCACUAUUUCACCCAGACUGAGCCGCAGCACAGGCUGGGAGAGGAUUUUUUCAGCCAACCUUGCAUCACUCUGGCCAAAGGGUUCCUCGGCAAGGUGUUGGUCCGCAGGUGCGCAGAUGGUACUGAGCUGCGAGGGAGAAUAGUGGAAACUGAAGCCUACCUGGGAGGAGAGGACAGAGCUUCACACUCAGCGGGAGGCAAACGCACAGAGAGGAACACAGCCAUGUUCAUGAAGCCAGGCACUAUCUAUGUGUAUACAAUCUAUGGCAUCUACCUCUGUAUGAACGUGUCUAGUGAAGGGGAGGGUGCUGCCGUGCUGCUGCGCUCCCUUGAGCCCCUGCAGGGUCAGCCCAUCAUGAGGCAGCUAAGAGCAGCCAGACACAAAGAGGGUACCCGACAACUUAAGGACAAAGAGCUCUGCAACGGACCUUCCAAGUUGUGCCAGGCUCUAAAUAUACCCCGCUGUUUUGACCGCCGAGACCUAGCAUCAGACCCAGAGGUGUGGCUGGAGAGGGACAGCCACACAAGUCCAGCAGAACCCUACUAUAUAGUGUCAGCACCACGCGUUGGAAUUGAGUCCCAUGGCGAAUGGGCCAAGAAGCCGUGGCGGUUUUAUCUACGUGGGCACCCCUGUGUUAGUGUAGUGAACAAAGAGGCGGAGAGACAGUGUAGGUCUGGGAAUGUAAUGAACAAUUUAAGUUCCUCAGAUGUAUAGUCUGACACAGGACAGCACAGUGUCAAAAGGACUUCAUGGGAAUAUUCCUGAAAAUACUCUGCCAUCUGUUCCUUUUGUGGACUUCACCAUUUACGCAGAGUAAAAACUUAAAAAUUGUCUUUUUUCUUUGAGGGGAUACACUACUUCUUACAUAUAUGAAAUAAUACCCUGUGAAAGAAUUCCAUUGUAUUUUAUAAUUUUGUAGUUCUUACAAAGUCAAAAUGGUAGAAUAACAUCCAUGAGAGUCCGAAUUCUAGUCUGCAUAAAUUAUAAAAAAUGCUUCUCAUCCAUUUUAUAAGCUGGUAAUUAUUUCCACCAAGUGUAUUUAUGGUACUGAGGCAAAGCUGUACUGGAAAGCAACAGAUUAGAAUUUAAGGCAGCUGGAGUAAGACUCAUCUUAUCAGUGCCUAUUUAAAAAAAAAAAAAAUCUGUUCUGAAACUUUGCUCACAAGUCUCUUUCGUUCAGGUAUUCCAUCUGUGUUUUUUAAUAAACAUUCAUACUUUUGAA